GGAAUACUUCAGUAUCUCGAUGAGUUGGCAUGAUCUCUGUCAGUAAUUGGUCUCACUGCAGAGUCGCAAAGAUCGUGUCCGAGACCUAGCGAGCGUUUUGAGCUCACACGCAAGCCUUGGACGACAGACUCACUUUUCGGACUCUUGCUAUCAUACUAUUCCUGCCAGGUCACCAGCGUGCACUGCUUAGUUCAUAUCACACUUCCCGUUCAAUAUUUGCCGCAGAAACAUGACCCACACCUCACAAUCAUGCGAUCAGGCCACUUCUCUUUGGCUCGCCAAUGAUUUGCCCCGAGAGAUCCUUUCACACCUCAAACUCGGUGGCUGCCCUGAAACUGCAAUUAAUUCUUCCUUCAAGCUAGGGAGCGCAGCACAGACAUCCAUCGGUCUUUCAGGCCUGGCAGCUGCAUAUAUACUUUCUCUGAGGACCGGAAAUAUGCAAGAUGUCAGUGUCGAUGCACGUCACGCUAUUCUAGACAUCUCUAGUGAAUCUUGGUACACCGUAGAUGGCCAGAUUCCCACUGCAUCUGCGCGGGAUUACUUGGCAGGAAUAUACAGAACCAAAGACGACAGUUUUGUCCGUCUGCACACCAACUUCCCGCAUCACCGACAGGGCAUCCUCAAUAUUUUGCAGUGUGACCCCACUCGUGAAGCCGUCCAAGCCGCGUUAUUGCAAUGGAAUGCGAAAGAUUUGGAAGAUGAGGCAGUAAAGCAGAAAAUGUGUAUUGCUGCCUAUAGGACAUUCGAGGAGUGGGACAAGCAUCCGCAAGCAGCUGCAUUAAGAGGAACACCUCCAGUCCAGCUCAUCAAGAUUGGAGAAGCUCCUAAACGGGACAUCAACGAGUCCCCACAGUUCCCUCUCGAGGGAAUUAGAGUUUUAGAUCUGUGCCGGGUGCUUUCAGGACCCGUGUGUGGCCGAACGCUCGCAGCGUAUGGUGCUGACGUGCUCCUCGUUACCUCCCCAAAGCUUCCGGAUUUACCCGUGCUCGAUAUCGAUACAUCUCGCGGCAAGCGCACGACACAGCUCGAUCUCACCCAACCCUCACAAUACGAUUGCCUGAAAGAAUUAGUAAAGGAUGCCGAUGUAUUCUUGCAGGCAUACCGACCAGGUGGCCUUCAGGAGAAAGGGUUUGGACCCCAGGAGCUUGCCAAAGUUCGGCCUGGUAUUGUGUGCGCCAAUUUGACAGCGUAUGGUUGGGAGGGUCCCUGGAAACACAAGCGCGGCUUCGACUCGCUCGUGCAGACUGCUACAGGCUUCAAUUGGGCGGAGGCUGAAGCUUUUGCUAAAUUCGAUGGACUGCCCAUCAUGAAUAAGCCAGAACCUCAAGCACUCCCUGUACAAGCCUUGGAUCAUGUCGCAGGGUACUUCCUCGCUUUUGGUAUUCAAGCUGCAAUUGCAAAAACGAUCACCGAAGGCGGUUCCUGGGAAGUCCGUGUCUCUUUAGCAGCAGUUGCGCAGUGGUUCCGAUCACUCGGGCAACUUCCGCCAGAUACCGCGUUCAGAGAUGGGAGACCUCUUCCAAAGCGAAUGAUCCCAUCAGACCCAGAGGUAGCUGCAUUAUCGGUCACACUCCACGAGGCGACAGGUGAUAAAAGGGACGUUGAAGGGCGUCUCAGGACGAUGACAGCUAUUCGCCAUGCAGCGCAGCUAUCCGUCACGCCUGUCAAAGACGUGGAAGCUCCAAUGUGUUUGGAUCGGCAUCAACCCGUGUGGCUGCCGCGUGUGUGAGAUGCUAGAUGCAAGGAAAGUUGGAUGAACUGCUGACGGAUCUCCGUCGCCAAAGUCCUUUUCAAUACAAUAUGACAAAACCAUCAAUACUAGGCUUGAUAAUUAAAGUCAAUCCACGCUGGUAUACCGUCAAAUACUUCUUCCAGUGUGAAGGAUGACGCCUGCGUGGAAGUCAGGAUAUGGUCUUGCGCUACACGUGCCGACGUGCUCCCUCCAGGACCAGACGAAUUAAACUCUGCGUAAUAAGUGGUGUCUGGAAUGCUUCCUCUGCCAUAGAAAAUCAGCGAUCGGUGUCGUCCCCCUACAACGAUGCUUACUUUCCAGACCAGGAACUGAAACC